CACCCCGUGCGCGCGGCGGGCAGGCCCCCGGGGCGGCCAGCCAUGACCUUCGGGCGCGGCGGGGCGGCCUCGGUGGUGCUGAACGUGGGCGGCGCCCGGUACUCGCUGUCCCGGGAGCUGCUCAAGGACUUCCCGCUGCGCCGUGUGAGCCGGCUGCACGGCUGCCGCUCGGAGCGCGACGUGCUCGAGGUGUGCGACGACUACGACCGGGAGCGCAACGAGUACUUCUUCGACCGGCACUCGGAGGCCUUCGGCUUCAUCCUGCUGUACGUGCGCGGCCACGGGAAGCUGCGCUUCGCGCCGCGGAUGUGCGAGCUCUCCUUCUACAACGAGAUGAUCUACUGGGGCCUGGAGGGCGCGCACCUGGAGUACUGCUGCCAGCGCCGCCUAGACGACCGCAUGUCCGACACCCACACCUUCCACGCGGCAGACGAGCUGGGCCGCGAGCAGCCUCGUCCCACCGGGCCCGAGGCGGCUCCCUCCCGGCGCUGGCUGGAGCGCAUGCGGCGGACCUUCGAGGAGCCCACGUCGUCGCUGGCCGCGCAGAUCCUGGCCAGCGUGUCCGUGGUGUUCGUGAUCGUGUCUAUGGUGGUGCUGUGCGCCAGCACGCUGCCGGACUGGCGCGCGGCGGCCGCCGACAACCGCAGUCUGGAUGACCGGAGCAGGUACUCCGCCAGCCCUGGGAGGGAGCCCUCCGGGAUAAUUGAAGCUAUCUGCAUAGGCUGGUUCACCGCGGAGUGCAUCGUGCGGUUCAUCGUCUCCAAAAACAAGUGUGAGUUUGUCAAGAGACCCCUGAACAUCAUCGACUUACUGGCAAUCACCCCCUAUUACAUCUCCGUGCUGAUGACAGUGUUUACAGGCGAGAACUCUCAACUCCAGAGGGCUGGGGUCACCCUGAGGGUCCUCCGAAUGAUGCGGAUCUUCUGGGUGAUUAAGCUUGCCCGGCACUUCAUCGGCCUGCAGACCCUGGGCUUGACUCUCAAGCGAUGCUACCGAGAGAUGGUUAUGUUGCUCGUCUUCAUCUGUGUUGCUAUGGCGAUCUUCAGUGCACUCUCUCAGCUCCUUGAGCACGGGUUGGACUUGGAGACGUCCAACAAGGACUUUGCCAGCAUCCCCGCUGCCUGCUGGUGGGUGAUUAUCUCUAUGACUACAGUGGGCUAUGGAGACAUGUAUCCUAUCACAGUGCCUGGAAGGAUUCUUGGAGGAGUUUGUGUUGUCAGUGGGAUCGUUCUGUUGGCAUUACCUAUCACUUUCAUCUACCAUAGCUUUGUGCAGUGCUACCACGAGCUCAAGUUUAGAUCGGCUCGAUAUAGUAGGAGCCUCUCCGCUGAGUUCCUGAAUUAAUGGGUUGCAAAUCAGUCCUUGGGCACACUUCAUCUGGUAGAGUCGACACUACUUCUUAUUCACGUGUUUCUCCCUGGGUGAGCGCUACAUGGCAUUGUCCUCCUGUUGGAAGGGUGACAUUAUCCUUCCCAGCUGAAGGGAUAGAACAGUUUACUUACAGAGUAGUCAAGACUGGGACCACACACACAGGACAGUGACAGGAGAGAGAACGCUAGGGCCUGGUCUUAUUCGGUCUCGUGGCC